AUGGGUGGCGCUGAUUGCUUACCAUCAGGUAAACAGUCUCCUCGUUACCGACCUAUGACAUUAAAAAAUCACGCGGCGUUGGUCACCGAGCCACUGCAUAAAUUCAUCAUCAGCCUCAUCACCAAGUUGGGAAAGAUGUCGCUAGGUGACGUGACGUCAGCUCGCAGCUCGCCUGCGCCAGAAGCCUGUCCGGAAUGCGAUACCAGCGCCUCAGUUACUUCGGAUUUGCAUAAGUAUCAAGUAGCAUGUACGUGCAAGCCGUCGUCAGCGCAGUACGCCUGCGCGGAUGACCCUGGCCCUCCCGCCCCUGCAAAGACUGACACUCCUCCCGCGCUCCCACCUCGACCACCCACCAGCGUACUGGCAGCUACUAAUCGGAGGAACAAUACAUCAGUCGGCUGCAACGGUAAUGAUGGGACCUGCCGGCGUCGGAAGUAUGCGUGGUGGUGCGUCGGCUGCGGGGCGCUGGCGGCGGCGCUGGGCGGCCUGCUCGCUGCCCAGCAUAUACUGCUGCGAGCUUACACGGCGUCCCCUCAGCACCUGGAGACGGUGCCUGCUGCUGUACCGGCCGCUAUGAUCAAAGUGGUAGGAGCUUGCUGCCUGGUCUGCGCGUUGACUUGUGUUCUAGUGACAAUUACAACCACCGUCAUACAUAUGAACAAACUACAAACGCUGAAGUUUUGUGAAUACACGAAGCUGACUCGAACCUGUACUUGCUUCUCAAUGCCGCCUGACACUCAACACAGUUCAGCUGACGACGAAGGAGUACGCUGCGUAUUCGAAGGCGUAUCGGAGUGUGGCGUAGUGCACGGCGCGUUGUACUGGUGUCUACGCGGCGUAUUCGCGUUGUCUGUCAGCGCCGUACUCGUCUGCAUUUUUAGCUGUAUGCUCGCCUACCAGUUGCUCAGGUGA